AUGUCAGUCGCUCUACGAAGAGAAGAAGAGUUGGCCAAUGUCCGUGCCCAAUCUCAGACGGUAAUAUCCACAGCUGGUAUGCGAGCCUUGGUGUAUCAACUCCAAGCCCUAUACCUACGGACACCAGUCAAGCUAUUCCGGCCCUCUCGCUUUGACUAUAUGAUUUACGUGCGAGAGCUCGCCAACAAACAUGACAAUAUUCUCUCUAAACCUUAUAGGUUUCAUACUCAUUCUACUUUGGGCAUGUUUUACAGUGUCUUAAAGAAAGAAGGGUGGAAAUUCAUUCCCGAUCAGAUGCUACCACCUCUAAUAGCCAACUCAGCCACUGGAGUCAUCCUAUAUGGUACGUAUUUGGCAUCUUUGGGUGCCCUAGACACCAAUGACCACACGGGUCCUGGUAUGGACUAUAGGUAUUCGCCCAUAGACACAUGGAAGGCAGGAUUUAUUGCAGGUGCUAUGCAAUCACUUGCAGCUGCUCCGUUGGAUGCAAUCUACACCCGUCUGACCACAGCUGAGAUGCUUGGAGGAGAACAUCAGAACUUGUGGGUAUAUGGAGCAAAAAAGCUCAAGGAGAUUGGUUUGGUGGGUGUAUUUGCUGGUUAUGGUUUUUCAUUCAUCAAGGAAAGUAUUGGUUUCGCCUUCUACUUUUCCACGUUUGAGCUUGUCAAGACCAGAGGCUACAAUUUGACAUACCGAGUCAUUUCCGCAUACCGACGGUUCAAAAUCGCAUUGAGGGAGAAGUUCUCCUUCUUCACGGUGAAAAACCUGGAGACAGACCAGGCCAUGUUACGGCUUGAGCAAACUCGCCUGACCAAAAUUCUCAAAUCCACAUUUGUUCUCUUAGCGGGUGCAUCUGCUGCUUUCUCGCUAUUGGCAGUCCAGUAUCCACUCUCAAAAAUCCAGAAAAUCCAUUUGUCUCGUCUUGAGGCUCUUGAUAUCUACAACUCAUCUAACUUGCGGGUGAGUAAACGGCCCUUCAUUAAAGUUUACUAUAACUCGUACAUUGACACUUUCAACCAGAUGGUCAAGAUGAAGCAACGAGCAAAACAGACAUGGUUUCAAGUGGCAUAUAAGGGCUUUGUUCGGAAUGCCCUUUCGACAAUCCCUGCCACAUCCGUUGGGCUAUUGGUGUUUGAGAUCAUGAGAACCCGGUUGGCUGAAAAUUUCGAGGAGAUCCACCCGAUCUAG